UUUGUAACUUGGUUACACUGUUGAAAAAUACCAAAUCCAGGAAAUACUGUGCUUCCUCUUCUUUACCGGAGCAAACGUCAUUGCACUCGAACGGUCAUACCGUUGGCUUACAAAAGAAAACAAAUCAAUUCGCACAAAAACAUUGCCAAAAAGAUCAAAAUGGUGUCGCUGGAGAAGCUGAAACAAUUGAGACUGAUCCACCUGUGCAUCGCGCUCACCUUCUUCACCAGUGGGCUAUGCAUCAACUUUAUCCAGCUGCUGAUGCAUGUGUUCAUCAAGCCCAUAAACAAGCGACUCUUCCGCCAGUUGAUGUACUAUGCCUGCUACUCGAUGUAUUCCCAGAUUAUCUUCUUUGCCGAAUGGUAUGCCGGCAGCACGAUGACCGUUUACAUGGACAAACAUGACUUUGAAAACCAUGCCGGCAAGGAGCAUGUGCUGCUACUCAUGAACCACAAGUACGAGAUCGACUGGCUCAACGGCUGGAUGAUCUGCGACAAGCUGGGAGUCCUCGGCAACUGCAAGGCCUAUGCCAAGAAGGCCAUCCGCUAUUUGCCCAUAAUCGGCUGGAGCUGGUGGCUCGCCGAGUUCGUCUUCCUCAACCGCAACUUCGACCAGGACAAGACCAUCAUCACUGAGCAGCUCAAGGUGGUCUUCUCCUAUCCCUCGUCCACCUGGCUUUUGCUCAACGCGGAGGGCACCCGUUUCACGCCCGCCAAACACGAGGCAUCCGUAAAGUUCGCCCAGGAAAGGGGCAUGCCGGUGCUGAAGCACCACUUGAUCCCACGCUCCAAGGGAUUCACCGCCAGCUUGGCACCCAUCCGGGGUCUUUGUCCCGCCAUCUACGACAUUAACCUAGCGUACAGGCCCACAGACAAGACCCCUGCCACCAUGUUGAGCCUGCUGCAUGGAAAAAGCGUGCAGCCUCACCUCCUGAUGAGGCGUAUUCCCUUGGAACAGGUGCCCGAGGACGAGAAGGAGGCCGCCGCCUGGCUGCAGAAUCUGUUCGUGGAGAAGGACAAGAUCAUCGACAGCUUCCUGGAGACGGGCAGCUUCUUCAAGACGUCCGGCAUUAAGGAGGUGCCGUCAAUCGUGACCAAACCCAGGCUGUGUUCGCUGGUGAACUUUGCCUGCUGGGCGACAUUCUCGCUUUUCUGCAUUUUCUACUACCUGAUCACUUCCUUGCUGGCGGCCAACUGGACGGCCCUUAUAACUGCAUGUUCCGUGCUGGGACUCUUUUACUGGCUAAUGGGUCAGGCCAUCAACAAGACGAAGAUCAGCAAGGGAUCCAGCUAUGGAGCUGGUGGUGCCUCCAAGCCGAUCACAAAAUAACUUUCGAUAUCGCAUUUAGUUCCGAUUGUCGUCGAACUCAAUUAUCUACAAGUGACUUUGUAAAAGGCAGCCCUCUCGCAAAAUCUCUCUGCUAAAUGGAUCAAUUCGCGAUUCCUUACCGGACGAUUUAAAGUGUUUUUUGAACAGAAGUGCAUGUUUUUUUUGUCUAAGUUUAUGGUUACGAGGUAACUCCCGCACACUGGAGCCAUCAAUUUGCGUAUGUAGUUGGUAGUUGUACACCUAAGUGGAAAUUUAAUCGUUUGAUCAAUUGUAUUUUGGCGAGCAUUGCAAUAAUUAAAAUUAAACCGAACGUGAGAA